GCUGUCAUCCACACGGGGAGACCAUAACCUUCCUCUUUCCAAGAUCCCCCUUCCAAUUUCCACUCUCCUUCCCCCUUCCUUUCACAUGGUAUAAAUUCAUUCACUCUCAUUGUUUCCCUCACAAACCCAAAAACCCAAUACAUCAAAAGAAACAAGAGCUAAUAACAAUCAAUGGCAGGAGUUGGCAAGAGGGCUGUUGAUGAUUUUGAGGAUCUGCUGCCAGAGAUGGCUGACAAGCUUGGCGGGGAGGGCCUGAUCAGAGAGCUGUGCAAUGGGUUCCAGCUGCUGAUGGACAAGGACAAAGGGGUCAUUACAUUGGAGAGCUUGAGGAGCAACUCUGCUCUUCUUGGUCUGCAGAAUUUGAGAGAAGAUGAGCUUGUGAGCAUGAUGAGGGAAGGUGACAUGGAUGGCGAUGGAGCUCUCAACCAGAUGGAGUUUUGCGUUCUGAUGUUCAGACUCAGCCCUGAGUUGAUGGAGGAAUCUUGGAUUUGGCUUGAACAAGCGAUGCAAGGGGAGCAAGAUAAUAAGAGACGUCAAUCUUGAUCGUUUGAUUUGUAUUUUACUUCCGUCUGUUAUUCAUUUUGGAACUGAAAUAGUCAGGUUGAAAAAUACAGAGAAAUAACAAACACCUUCUUUUGGUUGUAAUAUUACUUGUUGGUACAUAUUCUUAUUCGUUUCGACGAUAACUUUUCUUUCUUAGCCUUUUCUACCGGACUAGACCCGUUGAUGGAAUUUUUCUUUAUUAAAAAUCACAUCAAAUAUCUAUUUGCAUGAGGAGCAUGCAGAGCACUGCAGGCUGCCGCGGCAUUGGAUUUGCUGACUAAAAUACUUAAACAUUUGUCUGUUAUAU